GACCAAAAAAGAUUACGAGAACCUCUAUAACCCAUUAGGCCCCCAUUGUCUACCAAACAUACAUAAUUGAACGCCAAAGUAUCUCGGUAAAAUACGCCCUCGGAUCUCAUUUAUAUUAGGUAAUUACUUGCAAUGGCGGCCUGGGAUGAUGCAAGAAACAAACGGCUUGCCGCUAAAUCAAACGAUUGUGGACUUGGCAAUUGAGCCCUCCGAAUGAUCGGUUAUUGCGCAAGUUUCCACAGUGCCAGUCAGCUAUCUCUUGACAUAUGCACAACGUGUGCAGAAUUAUGACCAGUGUGGGUGCUGAUUGUUAUCAGCAAUUUAGACAGAGUCGGAGAAGAGAUACCUGACAAGUACAGGCCUAGGAACGAUUAUGCCAAUAGCCACCAUAAAUAGAAUUUUUGAGGAGAAAAGGGUUUAAAAGAAAGAAAAAAAACUGCGUGGCACGCUGCGACUCAAGCUGCACACAUAUGUACUGAUCCUGGUGAUUUGCAUACCUAGUUGGUGACACGUCUCGGGAGACGUAGGGAUGAGAAGUCUGUAACCGCGAGCAGCCGACGAUAAGCCUCUUGCAUUAGGUAUGCUGCCAGUUUUGACAUUUGGGUUUUUUUGUCGCAAGUUCUGUCAGGUUGCUUGUGUAUUUCCACACUGUAUUCCCCAAUCGAAAGAAUGCGCAUGCUAUUCAACUCUUCGAGAGUGCCAAACGAAGCUUGAGCAGGUUCAUGCCUUAGAGCUUGAGUUCUUCAAGCGAAAACCGGAGUAAAUGCAUCGGGUUGUGCGUUUUGAUUGCUGCGAAACUGCCUUUGUUGGGUCGCAAGGAUGUGUCUUCGAAAGACGUCGUAUGUAGGUAGGUAGGCCUUGUACUCUGCACGGGACCUGCCCCACCGCCAAAACUGGUUCCGCCGUGUUCGCACCGCACUUGACAAAACACGGACCGAUGGGAGGUCAUGCGAGUCCAGGCGAGACACCGCAACUUUGUUGCAACCUAUCUGUACAGAGCUGAUUGCAAAUUGUUAGUAGAAACAGUCGGUCCCAAUUUCUCGUCAAUAAUCCUCUCCCGCUCUAUCCGUACCAACCCUCUUGUGCACCUUUUAUCAAUCUUGAGUACCAUUUUGGUUCCAUAGCAUACCCAUCCGCCUAGUUUCUCACUCGAGAAUAACCAACGAAAUGUCUUCUGUCCAAACUAUCCACGCUCCUGCCCUCGCGACAGUGCCGCAGGCAAUACUCAGCCCACCACUCAACCCACCUAACACAUUCGCAAAUCUCGUAUUGGACCUGAAGGAUGGUCUUGGACCUUGCUCUGGCUUGACUUCCGAUGAUGUCGAUGUCGACUACUUGAAGUGGCUGAUGGAAGAGUACAAGGCCGAUGAGUGCGGUUGGCAAAAAUAUGCGAUGGGAGAUAAAUCCAGAGGCUACACUCGUAACCUCGUCGAUGAGGGUAAUGGGAAAAGUAACUUGCUCGUUCUUGUCUGGAGUCCUGGCAAAGGAAGCCCAAUCCACGACCACGGCAAUGCUCAUUGCCUAAUGAAGAUCCUCCGGGGCGAAUUAACUGAGACCCGAUAUGCAUUCCCGGAGCCAAAUGUCGAGCAGCCGAUGAAGGUCAUAUCUGAAAAGACAUAUAAGGAGAACGCGGUGGCGUACAUGGCAGACGAGCUUGGCGUCCACCGUGUCUGGAACAAGGGUAGCGACUUCGCCGUGUCCUUGCACCUGUACACACCACCCAACGUCGCCAAGGGCGGCUGCAACAUCUUUAGCGAGUCGACGGGCAAGAGUAGCCAUAUCAAGAAAUGUCCAAACUUUUCCGAGUAUGGUAAACGCCUUGAGUAGGUAGAGAUCUGUGUUGGAGUGAAUAACCAAAGCAUUCGGGGUCAGUGUCGCGAACCCGGACUUUCGGUUGGCGGUGUGUAUGGAAGAGGCCCUGGAGGCUGGAUGUGGGAAAUGAUCGUUAUGAAAUGUAUAUAGGUUAGAUGUAUGCUAUCUGGUGAAAGCGAGUCUUGAUACCCAGAGCGUGCAUUUCGGAAGAGUCGUCGGGCUUCAACACAGCCAUAGGUAGCGUAAAUUGAUUUUGGAUGAUGAAAUCGUCUCUGAAGAUCAAAAUGAC